AUGCCGGUCGACCCGUCCGCAGUCGCCUGUGCCUUCUCCAUAGGCUCAUUCUGCCUGCUGGCCCGCUCCGCGCCGCCGGCGCCCAUCUGCGGUUGCCAGUGCGACUGCGGGUCUCCGGGCUGGUCCACCGCCCAGCUGCUCGCCGUCGCGGCGGGGCAGCUCGUGACGGGCUGGUUCGCGGCCCGCUGGUGGGCGCCACCGAGGCCGGCGUCGCCGCUCGUGGUGGCCGCAGGGCUGGAAGGGAUCAAGCAGCUGACGCUGCCGGCUGGGGCUCGCGGCCGGCUUGAGGGUGGGGCGCCACCGCGCUUCUGGGCCCUGUUCGACGCGUCGGAGGGGGUCUGGCACGAGCGCCUGGUGCUGCGGCGCACCGUCGGGGGCCACGUGGUGCUCACGCCCGACGGCGACGUCUAUGAGGAGCUGCUGGAGGACUACGAGGCUGCUCUGCCUAGUGGUGUGGCUGGCGGCAUCCCGAGCCGGCUCUACGGGCCGAAGAUCUUCCGCUACGCCUUCCGCCCGGGGGACAUCGCUCACGGCAGCGCCUUCCGGCGGAGAGCCGAGGCCUACCUGGCUGGCUGGGCUGGCGCGCCUCCGGCGGCCGAGGGAGGAGGGCGGGUGCCCGCGCCCCUUGCUGACGCUGGCGCGAUGUCUGCCCCCGCGCGUGGCUCGCUGGUGCCAGCCGCCGACGUCGACCCAGGCUUCUAUGACCCCGGCGCGCUGGUGGCUCACGCCUGCCUCGUGGGCUCCGAGUGGUUUGUCGGCGAGAACCAGGGUCCCCGCCGACGCGGGGAGAGCAUCACCAUCCGCCCUUCGGACCUCGCAUUCGGCGUCGCGGGCCAGGCCCUGCUGUGCCGGGAGGGAGUCUGGUACCGCCUCUGCCGCGACCCGCCGACGCCGUUGCCAGCUGGCGAGGGCGAGGCGGCCGCGGCGGAGGACCUCCGCACACUGGCUGUCGAGUACAACGUGCGCGGCGAGCGCACGCGCAGCUUCGAGUCAGCUCGUCACCUGCUGCGCGAGGAGGUCCUGGACGACGCCUGGCCCGUGGAGGGCCCGCGCACGGUGCAGUGGCUCAUCGAGGCCUUUGCCCACAGCGGCAUGGCCCCCGUGCCUCGCCAUCACUGGUGGAGACAGGCGCUGGGGGCGACCACGUCGGACCCGGGGAUCGACGAGCACCUCUUCCUCUCGGAGUGCAUCCAGCAUGGGCUGCAGUAUGACCAGCUCAACAUCUGCAACUUGGCCUGCUUCGAGAGCAUGGCCCGCCGCUACCAGCUCUGGGAGGAGCGGUACCAGGAGCGGAUCCGCGCCUCCACGGAGGGCUCGGUGGCGGCGGGCCUCGCGGCUGAGAGGCACUUGUUCCUCGGCGGCGACCGCGCCAAGGGCUACGCCCUCAUCUCGCCCGAGCUGGAGCGCUGGGUGGCGAAGCGCAUGGAGGAGCAGGCCGCCGUGCUCAAGGAGCGCCGCAAGGGCCGUGAGGAACGGGCUCUGGCGGCGGCGGCCACAGGCGGCGGCGGCGGCGGCGGCGGAGCUGGCCAGCCGCUCGGCGCCGACCACAAGAAGAAGCUCAAGGACAACAAGAAGGGCAAGGACUGGCAGACUGGCACCCCGGGCGCUGGUCUUGCGGCAGAUCCCAGGGACCUGCUGCCGCUGCCAGCGCCCACCUCGCCUGUGCUGCGUCAAGGGGAUGCGCUGGGCUUGGAAUGGUUCUCGGCUGGUCUGCAGACCCUCAAUGAGAUGGGAGGGCGCGGUGCUGUUCGACGGACUGGAGCAGCCUCUGGUCCUCAGACUGACGCGCUGGAGCGGCUUCGCAGCUCCUAUGCCACCGUGCCCAGCUGCCCGUCGGACCUGACCGCCGACUCGGCCACGCGCGCCGUGAUCGGCUCCGAUCCUGGCUAUGGCUUCGAUGACAUGGCCAGCGGGAAGUACGCCUCCUACCAGCGCGGGAAGGUCUCUCUUCCGCGCGUGGCCUCUGGCGCGGUGGAGCUAGCUGCUGCACUACCGGAGGGUCCACGUUCUCUGCUGAUGGGUGAGUCUGGCACUUUGCUGAUGAGAGGCUCCACAUCUUCUUCUUCGUUGGCGAAAUUGGCUUUUGACCGAAGGCUGGCAAGCAAUCCUCGCACUUAUGGGAAGUUUUUGGCUGACCUCCUCGAGCGUGACAUGCUCGAGGUGGGCACUUCGUUUUCACAGGUGGCGCCCUUCUUCGUCUACAAGAAGGAUGGGGCCCUCAGGCUGAUCUUCGACACAAGGGCCUCCAACACCGAGUUCGCGGAGCCCGACUACGUCCCCCUGGCUGCGGCGCAGGCCCUCGGCAACAUCGAGCUGCAGGCGGGGGGGCGCCUCUUCGUCGCGCAGGGCGACGUCACGUGCUGCUUCUACCAGUUCUUGCUGCCAGUGCACCUGCGCGAGGCCUUUGGCCUACCGCCUGUGCCCUGGGCCGCACUGCCGCUUGCCGCUCGUCGGCUCGUUGGGGCGCCACCGCCGGACGGCUUGGUGCGCCUGCGCCUGAGAGUGGUGCCGAUGGGCUGGUCAUGGGCGGUCUACUUCAUACAACAUGCCAUGAUGGAGAUCCUUCGCCCCUGUGCCCCGGCGGACCGCUGGUUGGCCCAGUACGUGCCUCGCGAGCCCGUCUGCCCUGGCUCGGGAACCUCGCUCAUCUACAUCGACAACUUCGCGGCACUUGGCACGAGCCCCACGGAGGCGAACGCUCGCCUGGAGCAGAUGCUGGGCGCCGUGGCGGCCGCUGGAGUGGACGCCGCGCCGGAGCCUGCUGGCGCCCCGCUGCUCGGGUUCGAGCUGGACCCGACGGGCACGCAGUGGCGGCCUACGGCGAGGAAGUUUUGGAAGGUCGCGCUGGCCCUCCGCACGUUGGGCUGGGGCCGUCAGCGCCGCACAGGGCGCCAGAUUGCCCGGGCCGUCGGCCACGCCUCGGCCAUCAUGCUGCUGCGGCCCGAGAUGCUGUCCAUCUUUUCGGCCGUGUACGUCUUCGCCGACCGCUACUUCGGGCAGCCGGCGCGCGUGUGGGCCUCAGUUCGGCGCGAGCUUCGUGCUGCCUGGGCGCUGCUGCCGCUCGCCGUCGCCGACAUGAGCCUACCCUGGUCGCCCGCCGUCGCCUCGGUCGACGCCUCGCUGCAUGGCUUCGGCGUCACCGAGAAGGCCUGGCCCCCCGCUGAGGUGGGUCGCGUCGGCCGCGCCUCAGAGCGGGGACGGUACCGCGGGGCGCUGCGCACCUCCCGCCGCCCGCGCUGCCUGGUCGAGGGCGAGGAGGCUGAGCCCUCGCUGAGCGACAUUGUCGACGCCUCGCCCGAGCAGCUGCGUGCGCUGGGGCUGCGCUCCGCCUUCGAGGAGGUGCCGUCGGCCCUGGCGCGCGGGGACGACUGGGGCGUGGUGGCUGCGCGCCGCUGGAGGCGCAAGGACAAGAUCCUCGCGCUCGAGGCGGAGGCAGCCUUGUGGCAGGUUCGGCGGCUGGCCCGCAGCCGCCUGAGCGCCCAGAAGCGGCACUUAGUUUUGUCGGACUCUAUGGCCUGGGUCCUCACCUCGUGCAAGGGGCGGAGCUCGUCGUGGUACCUGCUGCGGAGGUGCCGCGAGUUUUGUGCCAUGUGCUUGGCCCUUGCGGACGUUGACCGUGGUCACCAGCCGCCGCCUCGGCUCGAGGAUGAUUGUGGCGACUCGCCCUUCGCCCAGCCGAUCGCGCUCGCCGAGGCGCGGCUUCACGGGCCAGCGGGCGCUGCUGGGCUUCGCGAGCAGCUCGCGGCGGGGCGCUCCAAGCGGCGGGCCUUUGCGGGGCCCUUCGCCGCGGGGCUCCCUGGGCCCGAGCCCGCUGCUCUGCAGGGUGCUGGUGCCAGCGGCGAACCUGAGUCCGAGCCGGGCCCCGCCUGCCCCAAGUCGGGCGCUGCGCCCUCUGGUGGCGCCGGACCUGCGCCGGCCUCGGGCCGGCUGCCCUGCCGCACGCUGGCUGCUGCUGGCCCCCUGGGCUUGGCCCGCCAACCUGCGCCGGGCCGCCUGGUCCCCUAUCGCGGGGAGUCUGGCUCGGCGCGCCGGCUGCGCCGCGAGACGGCGCGGCGGCGCCCGGGCUCAUCGCUGCACUCGGCCGCCCGCAGUGCGGAGGAGGCGGAGGAGCUGGGGUUCCACAUCAGCUCCCUGGCUGCCGCGGCCGUGACGACGGCGACGCAGAGCAACUACCUGAACGCCCUGCGCAAGCUGCUGGCGUGGCUGCACGUGCCCAGAGCCCCUCAGCGCCUCCCUGCAAGCGAGUGGGACCUGUUGCUGGAGCAGUACGUGGAGUUCCUGCACGACCGCGGGCUGCCCGAGGGGGAUGCCUCCAGCACGCUGGCCGCAGUGCGCUGGGCGCUGCCCGAGCUGCCGCGUCCGCUGCGCCGGGGCUUGCCGCUGGCGACUGCUGCGGUCACUGGAUGGCGCCGGCUCGAGAAGCCGCUGUCGCGCCCACCAGUCCCUCGGUCGCUGGCUGUGCUGAUGGCCCUGCGACUCUGCUCCGACGGCAAGGCGGACUACGCUCUGUUCCUGCUGUUGACGUUCGAGACGUACAUGCGGCCGAGCGAGGCGCUCAGCCUCGUCGGCCUACAGCUGGUGCCGCCCGUGCCGAACGAGAGGGGGGCCUGCCAGUUCUGGACCAUCCUGAUCCGCGCGAGCGAGCUAGACGUGCUUGGCAAGACCGGCGAGUUCGACACCAGCGUCGCCCUGGACCUGCCGCGCCACCGCCUGUUGGAGUCGGCGCUGCGCCUUCUGAAGGCCAACAGGGGGGAGCGGGAGCGGCUCUUUUUGUUCCACUACACCGACUUCCUCCUGGCCUGGAACAGCUGCCUCCUCGGCUUGGGCCUGGCGCAGCUGAAGGUGACGCCGUACUCCCUUCAUGCUACCAUGCUGAAGCACAGCGUCUUCGUUGACCUCUUUGCUGGCACUGCGCCGGUGAGCAAAUACCUUCGCCGCAAGGGCUACGCCUGCAUAGCCUUCGACAAGCUGCAAGGGCCGCAGUUCGACCUCGGCCGGCGCGAGGUGGUGCUCACCAUCGCUGGCUGGCUUCGUGCGGGCCUGGUGUGGGCCCUCUGGUUUGCGACUCCGUGCAUCACCACCACUCGUGCCCGCACGGACAGAUCAGGUCGCAUGCCUCCGCCGCUGAGAUCGUCUGAGCAUUACCGUGGCUUGCCUGACCUGUCUGCUAGCCACCGCGCACAGGUGCGCGAGGCCAAUAGUCUCAUUGACUCUGGAGGCCGCCUCCAGCAGCUCGCCUGGGAUUUGGGCAUCUGCUGCGGCGAGGCUUCGGGGCGCACGCAGCCCCCGCAGGAGAUGAGCUUGGAGAUCUUCAACGGCGUUUCGGGGGAGUUCCGCGGCCAUCUCUUCACGAACGGCUGCCUCGCGUACUUGUGCGGCGCGAAAGACCUGACGGACCGGUCGAAAGACACGCAGGCCGUCCUGUGGAUCUCGGGCCUCAUUUCGCAGAACCCCAACAACCAUCCCGCGUGGAAGGCGGCGUACGAGGCCGCGCUCCCGGCUGGAUGCUUGGUCGAGUACUUGCGCCCCAGCGACGCUGUCAACCCGACUGCGUGGACCUGCGAGGGCGCGGAUGGUUUAGAGCAGAGCAUCGCUGGCAUCUGGGCGUGGACGGUUUACGCUCCAAGCCUCGGGGAGAUGAAGCAGGCUCUGGACGCGCUCUUCUACCAGGCCAUGGGGAUCGGGCAGCCCGGUGUGCCGGGGCAUUUCGAGGCGCCGUCAGCCACGGCGAAGUAUUUGAAGCGCCAGAAUACCUCGUCUUCGGGAGCAUGGACGACGAACCACGUGGUGAAUCUGACCCCGGCGGGGCGAGUGGACGACGUGUUCGCGAAGUGGCUCUUGGACUUGGUAAAGGAGCUCACGUUCCUGACGGCCCGGGGCAACUUCGCUGCAAGCGAUGUCCAAGCCUUUGUCGUCGCGUUCCCGGGCGCGCGCGGCGCGUCCGACGAGGCGGCCGUGCUGGCAGCGCUGGUCGAGCCCGAGCGCUCCACUGUGGACUCGGGCCGUUCGUUCGCGGAGAUGGCAGCCGCGCCUGGGGGCGCAACCGCGGGCGAGGUCGCGGGGGUGAGCAGCGGCGUCGCUCCGGCAGCGCCGGCGACGCGGCUCGACACAGUUCCCGCAUCGCCGACGUCGAUGGCGGUCAGCGCCAGCGGCGAUGGUGCGCCGCGGGCGCCGACUGCGGGCGGUGGCGCCCCUGAAUGUCCGGCGGCGAAGGCGCCGGCGCCAGCGCCGCCGUCGGCCGCCGCUGCCGCGGAGCCCGUGGCCACGGCGCCUGUGACGGUCGCCGCGGCCGACUACCUGAAGGCGGCGACGGAGUUCGUCGCGGCCGAGGCGAAGAAGGCAGCGGAGGUCUCGGCCAUCUCAAAGUUCCGGAUGCACAAAGACAUCCAGCAGGACAUCGCGGGCACGUUGAAGAAGCUGACGGAGAUGGUCGGAGUGGGCGCGGAGAAAGUCUCGAGCGCGCAGGUGCCGUGGUCGCCGCAGUCGUUCCCAGUGGACAGGCUUGAGUGGACGCAGCGGCUGACGGCGAUUCAGGAGGUUGUCGCCUCUGCUGCCGCAGCGGCGACUGUCGCGCCCGUGGGGGCCGCGCCGAAGAUGCUCGCGAAGUUGGGGCGCCUCAAGGACAUGGACACGGUGGACAUGCUCGAACCCCGCCUAGACGGCCUCGACGCGCUCUUGGUGCUAGCCCGCGACGCACCGCACACGGAGGACCUGCUGCGCGCUCUGGUGCCAUUGGAGACUGUCGAGUCCGCGAGCGACCUGGACCUCGCCGUUCUCGCCGCGGCCGCCGCGGCUAUUCCCUUCGGAGAGCCGGCCGAGAAGAAGAGCCGCACCUCGUAA